GCGGGCGCACGCAUGAGACAUCGCACCCAUUGCUAUCAUAGAGCUAUGCUUGGAUUUGGCACUGGGCUGCAAAUACUGUUGACCAGGCGGGGAAAUGGAGGCUCUCUCGACGACGGAAGCCGAAACGAAGCAUGGCUACCUAGUUCCUUCCGCCCAUAUCUAUCAUGUUACUGAAGUCUCACUGUCCUUUUGAAGCAAGAUGGCUUUAGGAGACUUUUGACAUUCAUCUUUUUUUCUCACAGCGUGCACAUUCACCCUGCAUUCGUGGCCUUGCGGCUUGCCUGUCGGAUAGCUUACAGCCACAACGAAACUGCUGAGGGCCACAAGGAAUGCCACGACCGUGUCCUUCGGACGGCUUCGCGGACUCGGACCGCAAAUAUCCCCCACUUUGAUAACUGUCACUCUCGGAUCUGCACUGCACAGUCUUGACGCCAUGGCGCCCAUGUCGGUCAUAGAGCCCUGGGAUCUCCCUGACUUUCCCUUUGACAAGGAACUCUCGGAAGACGAAAACUUUUUGGCUUGGGCGCAGGCGCUAGCUCGCUUCUCAGUCUCUCGCAAGGGUCACAUGGGCGCCAUCCUUGUCAGGCCACAUCAGCAAGAUGAUGAGGUACCCAGCAAUUGCAUGCGCCCAUUACCGCCCGCAGAUGCAGGCAAGCGUUUCACGCCUGGCGCAAUAAGAGAACGAGUCGUGGUCUAUGCAAAUAACACGCCACUUCUCUUCAACUCGAGCCCUAAGCAAGUGCAAGAGAUCCACGCGGAGGCUUUGUGCAUAUCCAGAGCUGCCCGACUGGGACGUUGUACAGCCGGGUGCACGAUUUACAUAACCUUUCCGCCCUGCAAUGAAUGUUUCAAGUCCAUCGUUGCAGCAGGCAUCAAGAGGUGUGUGUAUCGCAAGAACAUCCGCUACCCGUCUGGCGAGGCGGUCUUGGCGACUGCAGCCGUUCAUGGCAUAGAGAUGUGCGGGACGUCAGAACAACAGCGACCAGGUGUCUCCGACGAGCAAUAUCUUGUUUCGCUCUCGCAGGAGAAGGCAGCGGAUGGCAAACGUGACGAACAGACCAAAGAAUUCUGGGACUCAAUAGGCGAGACAACAGUGGUCACUCGGAACAGGGUCAACGGAUGGUGGACCAAUUUCAUGACGAGCAACAAAGCCGCUGUUAGGAACCUACAGGCCCAUUUUGGCACCUCGGCAGCUCGUCGCCCUCAGAAAAAGUCGCUUCUCGCGACUGGCACAUUGGGCCCCAACAGGAAUUCGACAGGCAAGGACGAUCGGCACGAGCCCUCAAAUCAGGCAGAUGCGCAAAUCAGUCUAAACACAAAGGAGCAAGACACAGCGGGGGCCGCAUGUGAAGAUGACGAUGAUGAUGCUUAUAUGAAUGCUGUGGGGGAGGCGCAAGGAAAAGGGAAAAGGGCAUCAGAGGAGGGCCUUCUACCGUCCACAAAACGGCCCAAGGAAACCUGACGCUGAGACAUAUUUGAAUCAAGCAAGGAAACUCAAAUGCUGUUGCACACCUCAUUCGAUCACGCCCCUCCGGAUGCAUCGCAUUUGUUCCAAGUCUGCGCGCCACAUGUAUAUCUGACAUUACACUAUACUUUCCAAUUCCUUUGCA